AUGGCAAAGAGUUCUCGGGCGAGCAGUAAAAAAUUCAACAACCAGCGCAAAGCUGCGACCAUCUUUGGUCCUGCAGAGGCUGCGAGACAAGAGCGUCUGUCCGCCAAGCUGCUGGAGCUGGCGCGACAGGCCAAGCCCGAGCCUGCUGAGAUGAAGAUUGAUGACGACGGCGCCGAUGCACAGGAUAAGGAAGAGCAGGCCGCAGAUGAGAUCACCAUGGAUGUGGACGCAAAGAAACCGACAAGAGCCGCCAUCUCCAAGAAGCGCAUCACCAAGAAGAGGACAAAGUCCAGCAUCACAUUCCCCAAGUACAGCGACAGACUGGCCGCCAAGAAGAAGAGAGAAGCCGCAAACAAG